ACACAAGAAGAGAGAGAAAGAAGACUCUUUCUACGCUUUCCAUCGUCCAUCCUUUCCUUUCUCGAAGCAUGAUCAUAAUAAUGGCGGCGCUGGCAGUCACCUUGGCUGGGCAUGAACAAGAAGGUGCUCACAGUCGGCUUCUCGAUUGCGAGCCGUCUCGUUAUACGUUUACGUGGCCGUGAUUCAAAAAAUCAACUAGGACAUAUACAUUUAUAUUUAAAAUAAUCAAUUUAAUGAUACAUUCUAUCAAUAAAAUAAUGUGAUCGAAUUUAUGUCCAACGAAAAUACGAAAAAAACGGAAAUAAUAACGAAACCGAAUAUCAAAGUUGAGUAAACUUUGAUCGAUAUCUGUUCAUCAUCAUCAUCAUCAUCAUCAUCAUAAUAUCGGCAAAGUGAGAAAGAAAAUGAGAGGAAGAGAGGAAGGAUUAAGGAAAUAAAUAAAAGUAAGGAUAUGAUUUUAAAAGUGAUUCAUUGUUCGAUGACAAGGAUGAUCCAACGAGAUCGAUUAAAAUCAAAGAAAAUCUACGAUCCAACGUAUCAACGAUUUGUCAUCAUCGAUUUGUCGUAUAUCAAAAAUUAGUCAAAUUAAAAAGAUAGUGGUGUUUUUAAGUGUGUAUGUGGGUUUACGCAGCUCUCUUAUUGAUAUUCGAAUUAAGAGAAAGUUGACGACUCUGUUUUACUUACGGAUUGAGUGAUAUUUUUAUUGUUGUUGUUGUUUUCAUUUCCUUCCACUGGAAUUAUAAAUAUAUAUAUAUAUAUUUUUUUCUCUUUUUUUGCACGAACAAUUUUGUAUUCAUAUAUUUUUGGCGAGAAUGGAUGAAGGCGGGAGAGAAAGAUUUUGUUUAAAAAUUAGUAAGAAAAGUGAAGUGAAGUGUUUAUUUCUUCGAUGAACGUCGUCGAAGAAAAGGAUCAUCAAUAUAAAAAGGUCUCGUUUGUCUAACUUGACCGAUAUUGGAUUUAAUCGUACGAUUGGAAGUGACAUUGAAUCGUUUGAAUCGUUUUAAACCAAUGUAGCGAGAUGUUCAAACGGUGGAACAUCAUCGUUAUGGCUGUUGGCCUCAUAAUAAGUGUUGGUUGUCAAUUGAGCGACAAUACACCACCCUUUAUGUAUUUGGAAAGAAAUUGGGUUCUUCCUGAUUCGGAACCUGUAGGUAGUAUUGUGACGAGAGUACGUGCCGAGGACAAUGAACAGGACGAAUUGACCUAUGGACUCGAACCACUUGGACAUAGUUACAAUGGCGACGAUAGUCCUCAACCACCAUUGCCAUUUUACAUAGACAAUAGUACUGGCACUGUUUUUCUUAAUGAAACUCUCAAAGGAAGAGGAGGACAGAACCUGUUCCUUUACGUGACCGUUUCCGACGGUCAACUCACGGCAAAGGCCGAGGUUUACGUUAAUAUUAGAAGUACAUCGGCACCUAGCGGUGGGCACACCUGGACACCGUUUCCAAAUCAACAUGGCUCGGGUGGACGAAUCAGGCCACCGAUAAUACCGAUUCAUAAUUUACCACCAUACCCAAGACCAUCGAUACCUCAUCAACAAGCAUCAAUUAAUUCACCAUCUACUUCAACGACCGGCUCGAAAACAACGAAAUUACAACUUUCGGAAGGUAGCAAAUCUACUAGAGAAGAAAAUCCAUUAAAGUCACCUAAGUUGUCGCAGGAUUUUAUCGAUAGUAAUGAAAUCGAAGUAGCUACGUUAAGUUCCAAGGUUGCGCCAAAGGAAGCAUUACCUUCAAACGAGAUCGUGAUGACUUUGAUACCGAUCGGGGCGGUUUUUGCUCUUGUUCUUGGCCUUGGUGUUAGUGCCUGGUCUUGCAGGAGCAAAAUGUGUGCUAACAAAAAGUCCAAGGAAGAUACGAAAGAACAGGCUUCAGUGAGCGUGUCGAAUAUAUCCGACGAUCCAUCACUUGUUUUGAAACGUUGGAGAGGCCCGAAGGCUCACAAUAAUAGAUACGAGGCGUGGGAGAAGGAAAAUCAAGGUGGUAUUCUGAACAAGCAGGACGACAAGUGGGAGUUUCCCAGACAUAGAUUGAAGGUUUUCAAUAUCCUUGGAGAAGGAUGUUUCGGUCAAGUUUGGAAAUGCGAAGCUUUAGACAUCGAUGGUAAAGCUGGUGCCACCGUUGUAGCAGUAAAAACAUUGAAAGAAAAUGCAACUGAAAGAGAACGAUUAGAUCUGGCACAAGAAUUAAGAGUAAUGAAGAGUUUGGAACCUCAUCCUAACGUCGUCAGAUUACUUGGAUGUUGUACAGAAAGGGAACCCAUGUUCGUUAUUCUCGAAUAUGUGAGUGGUGGAAAAUUACAAAGUUUUCUUCGAGCAUCGAGAGAAGAAAGAAAUCAUGGAAGACCUGGCUUAACUUCGAGAGAUCUUACUGGAUUUGUUUAUCAAAUCGCUAAAGGAAUGGAACACUUGACCUCGAAGGGUAUAAUUCACAGAGAUUUAGCAGCUCGUAAUGUUUUAAUAGACGAGAAUCGUGCCUGCAAAGUUGCCGAUUUUGGUUUCGCAAGAGACAUGGCUGCCAAUGAGAUUUAUGAAAGAAAAUCGGAAGGAAGAUUACCGAUCAGAUGGAUGGCUCCUGAAAGCUUGUACGAUAAUAUAUUUUCCGUUAAAUCAGAUAUAUGGAGCUUUGGUGUUCUCAUUUGGGAAAUUGUAACAUUAGGGUCUACACCAUAUCCUGGAUUAGCAGCAGCUGAGGUAAUGAGGAGAAUCAAAGAAGGAUACAGAUUGGAUAGACCCGAACACUGCAAACGUGAAUUGUAUAAUAUUAUGUAUUAUUGUUGGGACAAGGAUCCAGCAUGUAGGCCAUCCUUUACUGAACUUGUUAGUUUGGCAGAAGGACUAUUACUCGAUGAAACCGAUUACAUUGAAUUAGACAGGUUUCCUGAUCAUUCUUAUUACAAUGUACUUAAUCUCAGUGGUGAAAAACUUUAAACGAAAUCAGAUGAUUAUUAGCUUUGUUUUUUUUUUCUACGUAUUGUCACAAUUUAUUCUUAUUAUCUUUUUCAUUUUUUUUAUUAUAAUAUUAGUACGAAUGUAAAUAUCUCAGGAUUUUACGUUUACGUACAUCGAACGUUACAUUCAAUUUUAUUUAAUUUUUUCAUGAAAAAGUUUGAUAGUCUUUGAUCCGAUUAUUAAAAAUAAUUUCUAACCGAAUCAUUAGCUUUGUAACAAUGUAAUUGUUGAUUUGAUAUUUAAUAAUAUUCUAUUUAUUCGAAUAUUAUCGCAUUGUUCAUCUACGCUUUGAACACAUUCGAACGAUCCUAUUUGCUAAUUGUGAUACGAACAAAAAAUUAUAAUUGAAAUUAUUUCUAAAGUUUCUCUACGUAAGAUCAAUUUGUAUAACUUAAGCGGUGUGUAUAUAUGUAUGUAUUAAAUUGUUUCUUAUAACUUAUU